GGAACUGAACUGAGUUUCUCGUAGAGCGCGAUGGGUCUUUAAAGCUGUCUGACAGAGCACACACCGAGCAGUGAACACGGUUUAUUGGUGGAAGAGAAGUUCAGAACCGACGCCUAGCUUUCUCCGUGAUUCAGACGAAAUAAAUACAGCAGCAGGUCAAUCGUUUGCUGGAUGAUUGCACCCGGGCCCAUCUGCAAUAGAUACUGACCUACAAUGAAAGCUCUGAUUCUUGUCGGUGGCUAUGGCACACGAUUACGGCCGCUCACCCUCACUGUGCCCAAACCACUCGUUGAGUUCUGCAACAAACCCAUUCUGCUGCAUCAGGUGGAGGCUUUGGUCAAGGCUGGAGUCCGUCAUGUCAUCCUUGCUGUGAGUUACAUGUCUGAGCUAUUGGAGCGAGAGAUGAGAGCCCAGGAGCAAAGGCUUGGAAUAAAGAUCUCCCUCUCACAUGAAAAAGAGCCUCUAGGAACCGCUGGUCCUCUGGCUUUGGCUCGUGAGCUGCUGACCGACAACCAGGAGCCCUUUUUUGUUCUCAAUAGUGAUGUCAUCUGCGAUUUCCCCUUCGACGACAUGCUCAAGUUCCACCAGCAGCACGGCAGAGAGGGCACCAUUGUUGUGACAAAAGUUGAAGAACCGUCUAAAUAUGGUGUGGUGGUUUAUGAAGGGGACAGCGGGCGAAUACACCGCUUCGUUGAGAAACCGCAAGUGUUUGUCUCCAACAAAAUCAAUGCGGGGAUGUACAUCUUCAGUCCUGCCAUGCUGAGAAGAAUCCAGUUGCAACCCACUUCCAUAGAGAAGGAAAUAUUUCCUGUCAUGGCAGAGGAGGGACAGCUGUAUGCCAUGGAGCUGCAAGGUUUCUGGAUGGACAUUGGUCAGCCUAAAGACUUCCUGACGGGCAUGUGCAUGUACCUGCAAUCUGUACGGCAGCAGGCCCCUGAGAGGCUCCGCGCUGGACCCGGCUUUCUUGGAAAUGUUCUUGUGGACCCAACAGCAGUGAUUGGGCAGAACUGCACCAUUGGCCCAAAUGUGACGAUUGGAGCCGGGGUGGUUUUGGAGGACGGGGUGAGAGUGAAGCGCUGUACCAUCCUGAAGGGGGCACACAUACGCUCCCACUCCUGGCUGGAGUCCUGCAUCGUGGGAUGGAGCUCCUCAGUUGGGCAGUGGGUGCGAAUGGAGAACGUUACGGUUCUGGGUGAAGAUGUGAUUGUGAAUGAUGAACUCUACAUCAACGGAGCCAACGUUCUGCCUCAUAAAUCUAUCACAGACUCUGUUCCUGAACCACGAAUCAUCAUGUGAAACAAACACAGAACUCUCACACCCUCACAAAGUGCCAGAGUGAUGAAAGAGUAGCGCGGUGUCAGUCAGCAUGCUGAGAGAGGGCUCAUGUGCUGAGUUAUGCAGUUACUGGUUGUGGUGUUUCUGCAGGUCAAUCACACGUAAACUACAGCAGUACACCACAUAUGUUUGACCUUUACUGACAAUAAAAUCAGAAAUGGCAUUGUUUUGCUACAUUAGACUAGUGCUUGUCUAGUAAAUGUAUUAUUUUCUGUCUUUCUGUUUUUACACGGAGCCAUUUAAAACAUUCAGGAUGAAUCUCAGUGCCUGUAGAAGAAAUGAAAGUGUGUUAGCAGAUAAUGCUCGAUGCUGAUUACUGUACAGACAUCAGAACCGCUGGAGUACGUGUUCAGUUAUGCAGAACAGGUGUUAUUUGUCUCUUAAGCUCUUGCACAUCAUGUGCAGAAGAACAAGGGUACAUUCAAGUGCUCAUGACGUGACGUCUCUGUAAACAAAUGAAGAUUUAUAAACUUGAUGUGUUUUCUAUCAAAAAUACAGAGCCACGAAACACC